AUGUGUCACCUCAGGCACUGGGAUUUCCGACUUCAACUUUGGUUGCUGUUCUUUGUGCUCAGGGGUUCUGAAAUUGCCUUGACUUUUGCUGCUGUUAUGUCUGUAGGUGUGAACUGAUUCCUGUCAUGCAGGAAAGAAACACUAUUUCAAGGGAAGCUUUUCAUUGUAAAAGGUCCACAUGUUCCACAGGAAACCAGAAGGUCAUUUUCUCAUAUGGACAUAAUAGGUCUCUUUGGUGGCCAACACACUGAGACCACGGUGCUUCCCCUACCUAACUUCAGUAAAAAUAUGAUUAUGCACAGUAGUGACUCUUCAACAUUUGGGGAAAGCAGUGGGGAAGAGGUAGUGUCCAUGGAAGGAGGUGAAUAUGUGCACAGAGAUGACCAUCAGUGCUGGGGACAAGAUGGUGAGCUCAGACCUGCAAGUCCCUGCAAGGAAGAAUUUAAGUGGGAUGAGGCCAAGAGACCCUAA